AUGUGUUCACUUAUAUCAUGUAUGCAAUGUUUCUGUUUCUGGCAGCGCUGCAAAAUUUCUAUUAAUUUAUUUAUGUUGACAUGUGUGUGGAAUUGAAUAUGAAAUUUAUUGAAGAAAUUGUAAUUUUCAGUGCUGUUAAAUAUAAUUUAUUUUUGCUUGUUCACUGAAAUGAUAAAUAAGUGAUGGUUUCAACACGCGGACCUAAAUCUCGUUAUUUCGAGAAAGGUGAGAAAGUUUUGUGUUAUGAGCCAGAUCCAUCGAAGGCCAAAGUCUUGUAUGAUUCUAAGAUUCUCGGAACGUACGAAACGAAGGAUAAGCGAGGUCGCAAGACAAUUCAAUACAAGGUGCAUUUUCAGGGCUGGAGUAGUUCAUGGGAUCGGAAAGUCAGUGCGGAUUUCGUUUUAAAAGAUACUGAAGAAAAUCGAAAGUUACAACGUGAUUUGGCAGAGAAGGCUCAAUUGCAAUUGUAUGUAUUUGUCGGUCAAGCUAAGAUACAGUUAACGUAUGUGCGCUCAUUUUCCUUUACUUAACUGUGAAUUCAAGCAAACGGUUAUCUUUAUGUUUAAAAUUGAAUGUGUAAACCUGAGAUCGCAGUAUUCAGCAUAAGCUAAACGUUUGUACACAUUUAAAAUACGAUUUGU